AUGGAAACGGGACCCUGCUGGGGUGCUAGCAGCCGAAAUGAGCCUCACGAAAUUUGCCCCUCAGGGUUACUGGUGUUUGCUGGCUCCUCGGAACAGGAUGCCAGUUUAGCCAAGCAGUUCUGGAUGUCUGCGUCGAUGUGUCCCACCAACGAAUCUCAGCUGGUGCUGUGCAGAGGUAGCAGUCAGCGCCUGCCGGUGGCGCGACCCUCUGGGAGCAGCUUGCCUGAGAAUACAGAAGUCAUUGAUGAAGCCCUAAAGAUUCAGGAAUCUGAGGAGAAAGUAAAGUUUCUCCAAAAGGCUAAAAGGAGAGAUGAGAUUAUCCAACUCUUAAAAAAACAAAGAGAAGAAAGAAUCUCGAAAGAACUGAUUUCUCUUCCUUAUAAACCAAAGGCCAAAGUCCACAAAGCCAAGUAA